AGGUAACGGGAAGUUGUGGACGCCCCAGCUUGCUCCAGCGGGCCUGAGGGUCUGGUGUCCUCUGUCAUUCCUGGUCAUUAGUGGCUCUGCCACCCCGUCUGUCGUGCUGUGUCGUGGGAGUCUAGGCAGGACUCAGGGAGACCCAGGAAACCUAGCAAUGGACUCAGUGGCCUAUGAGGAUGUGGCUGUGACCUUCAGUCUAGAGGAGUGGGCCUUACUGGAUCCUUCACAGAAGAAACUCUACAGAGAUGUGAUGCAGGAAACCUUCUGCAACCUGGCCUCAGUAGGAAAAAAAUGGGAAGAAUAUGACACUGGAGAUCAGUACAAAAACCAGCGGAGAAAACUGAGAAGUCAACUGGUAGAGAAAGUUUGCGAAAGUAAAGAGGUUAGUCAAUGUGGAGAAAACUUCAGUCUUAUUUCAAACUUCAGGCUGAAGAAGGACACUACUAGAGUAACACCAUGUGAACACGGUGCAUGUGGAAAAGUCUUUGGGCAUCUUUCAUCCCUUAGUAGGCACAUCAGAUGUCACACUGGACACAAAGCAUAUGAGUUUCGGAAAUGUGGAGAGAAGCCAUAUAAGUGUAAAGAAUGUAGUAAAGCCUUCAGUUAUCUCCAUUAUUUCGGAAAAAGUGAAAGAAAUCUCAGUGAGGAGAAAACCUAUAAACAUAAAGAAUGUGGGAAAGCUUUCAGUUGUUCACGUUCACCUCGAUUACAUGGACUAACUCACCCUGGAGAGAAACCCUAUGAGUGUAAACAAUGUAGUAAGGCCUCCAAAGAUGACUGCUCCUUAAAAAUACAUGAAAGAACACACACUGGAGAGAAACCCUGUGAGUGUAAACAAUGUGGUAAAUCCUACAGAGAUCCCAGUUCCUUAAAAAUACAUGAAAGAAUUCACACUGGAGAGAAACCCUAUGAGUGUAAACAGUGUGAUAAAGCCUACAGAGAUCACAGUUCCUUAAAAAUACAUGAAAGAAUUCAUACUGGAGAGAAACCUUACGAAUGUAAAAUAUGUAGCAAAGCAUUCACUUAUCCCAGUUCUCUUCAAAAACAUAAAAGAACUCAUACUGGGGAGAAACCGUACGUGUGUAAAAUAUGUGGUAAAGCUUUCAAUUCUUCCAGUCAACUUCAAGUACACAGAAGAACUCACACUGGCGAGAAACCCUAUGAAUGCAAAAUAUGUGGUAAAGCCUUCAGUUCUUCUAGUUAUGUUCAAGUACAUCAAAAAACUCACACUGGAGAAAAACCCUAUGUGUGUAAAAUAUGUAGCAAAGCAUUCACUUAUCCCACUUCUCUUCAAAAACAUAAAAGAACUCAUAAUGGAGAGAAACCCUAUGAAUGUAAAAUAUGUGGUAAAUUCUUCAAAUAUUAUAGUUCCUUACACAUACACCAAAAAACUCACACAGGAGAGAAACCCUGUGAAUGUAAGCAAUGUGGUAAAUCCUUCAGAGAUCACAGUUAUCUUCAAAAACAUGAAAGAACACAUACUGGACAGAAGCCAUGUGAGUGUAAACAAUGUGGUAAAGCCUUCAGAGAUCACAGUUCUCUUAAAAAACAUGAAAGAACACAUACUAGAGAGAAACCUUAUGAAUGUAAGCAAUGUGGUAAAGCUUUCAGUUUUCAUAAGUGGUUCCAAAUACAUAAACGAACUCACACUGCAGAGACACUCUAUGAAUGUAAAAUAUGUACUAAAGCAUUCAGGUAUCCCAGUGAUCUUCGAAUACAUGAAAGAACCCACACUGGUGAGAAGCCCUAUGAAUGUAAGCAAUGCGGUAAAGCCUAUAGAGGUCACAGUUCCUUAAAAACACAUGAAAGAACUCAUACUGGAGAGAAACCCUACGAAUGUAAGGAGUGUGGGAAAGCCUACAGACAUAACAGUACAUUUCAGAGACACAAAAGGACUCACACUAAAGAAAAAUACUAUGAAUGCAAAUAAUUUGGAGAAGCCUUCAGGUAUUAUCAAGUUUUCAAACAUAUGACAGAAAGCACCCUGGAAAGAAAUCGUGCAAAAAAAUAUAGCACAGCAUUCAGUUGUCUGGAUUAUCUUUAAAAAGUUGAAAUAAAUCACAUUGCAAAGAAACCCUCUGAAUAUUAAAGAAUACAGUAAAGCAGUUGGGUAUCCCAGUGAUCUUCAAAAACAUGAAAGAAAUCUCACUGGAGAGACCCUUCGAAUAUAAACAAUGUGGUAAAGACUACAGAGAUCACAGUUCCUUACAAACACGAAAGAACUCACACCAGAGAGAAACCCCAUGAAUGUAAGGAAUGUAGAAAACCAUUUGUCACAGUCUUUAGAAGACAUGUGACCAUGCACACUGGAGAGAAACCAUAUAAAAAUGCAGAAUAUGGGAAAGGCUUCAGUAUUCCAGGUCCUUUAACAAGGAU